GUAGUGAGAGCUUUGUGGACGCGACCAAAGAAACUCACCGGCAUGGACGCAAGCGGCCGGAUUGUGAGGCACUGAAUGAGCUCACCUCACCUUGGAACAUUGCUUUGUCUUCCUACCAAAACGUAGAAACUAGUCCUUUUUACCCUUUUUUUUAACAGCUUAAUUUUAAAGCACUGACCACGCAGCGUGUCCGAGUUGGAGCACCUAUCCCCCGGCGGGAGCGCACGCCGAGCAGUCCCUGGAUCCCGGAGGGAUUUUUACCACAAAAACUCACUUCCGCAUUCUUUAAAAAAAAAAAAGCAUCUUAGUGGAAAGAAAGAGAUGAUUUGGACAUUUUGGAGCCUCACUUGGACUUGAUGGAUGAAUGUGGAUGCAGCGACAGGUACCAGCAGAAGCACCUGGUUGUGUGCCUCGUCAUCCCGUAAACGUUCCAAAUCAUUAUAGUUAGAUUUUCUUGAUUGUGCGUCAGCCGCAGGUCAUCCAAGGCACUUGUCAGCCUCACCCCAUCAAACACCGAGGGUUCAACCAAGGACAUACCGGGCCUGGACUCGAGCUGAAGUUGUCCACAAGGACAUGUACGUGGUACCGAGCUCACAUGCUCCCGACUGACCGACGCUCAAUUGUCUCACCGGCCCGAAGCGCACGUAAAAGUCUGCCCCUAACCUCCUCGGUUCCCACUUGUGUGUGCACAUUCAGCAGCAUGGCGGGACUCGCUUGUUGGAAGUAUUACCUCUGGAUCUUUAUCUUCAUGUGUAGAACGGUGCUACUUUCGGCCAAAUCCCUGGAGACCAUCAUUUGGGGCUCGCAAAAUCCCAAGUUUCUGGCUGGCAAAGGCCUGAUUAUCUACCCAGACAUUGGGGACAAGCUGGAUAUCAUCUGUCCCAGAGCAGAUCAAGGCCAAGAGUACGAGUACUACAAACUAUACUUGGUCAAGAGGGAGCAGGCGGAGACUUGCAGCACGGUCCUUGAUCCAAAUGUCCUGGUCAAUUGCAACAAACCGGAGAAAGACAUCAAAUUUACCAUCAAAUUCCAGGAAUUCAGCCCCAACUAUAUGGGCCUUGAAUUCAAGAGGAACGUCAACUACUACAUCACCUCAACCUCCAAUGGCACAGUGGAGGGCCUGGAGAACCGCGAGGGAGGCGUGUGCAAGAGCCGAGCCAUGAAAGUCAUCAUGAAAGUCGGGCAAGACCCAAAUGCGGCAGUGCCAGACGAUCCAGAAGAUAACGCCAUACCUGAGUCCAGUGCUAAGCCGCCAGACCAGGAUCGAGUGGGACCUGAGAUGCCUGGAAACCCUGACACCAUGAACCAGGACCAGUCCGGUUCUUCCGGCAACUCGGACGGCUUCCUGGGCUCCAGGGUGGCCGUGUUCUCCGCCAUCGGCGCCGGUUGCAUCAUCUUCCUGGUGCUCAUCCUCCUCCUGGUCAUCUUGCUCAUCAAGAUGCGUAAGCGGGCCAGGAAAAACAGCCACUCGCAGCCCCGUCCCUCCGCGCUGUCACUCAGCACGUUGUCCAACCCCAAGCUGCCCGGGGGCACUGCUGGCACGGAGCCCAGUGACAUCAUCAUUCCGCUGCGGACAGAGAACAACUACUGCCCUCACUAUGAGAAGGUGAGCGGCGACUAUGGCCACCCGGUCUACAUCGUCCAGGAGAUGCCGCCGCAGAGCCCCGCCAACAUCUACUACAAAGUCUGAGCCUGGUUUAUGUUCCUGGAAAGAACUCUUUGCUUUGCUUUUGGGGACUUGAUUCUUCCUUCAAGCCCAUUAUUUGUUUCCGUUUUUUUUUCUUCCUUUUCUACCACCUGCCGCACAAAUCUGGAGAGACGCACCAGAAAGCAGAGACCAGACUGACGAGAGAAGUUCAUUAUGUGCGUUCGGGGUGCUUGGAAAUCCCCGCCCUUUCUUCCUCCUUUCAGUACUGUCUCCCUGCUGUGGGGUCAAAGGUCAGGCUGGCUGGCACAAACCAAAAAGACGGGACUUCCUGGUUUGUGUGUCCACUUUAAUGGAGCGGAUAUAACCCUAACCGGCUCCCCUGACGCGACAACACUCAAACCAUGCACACUAGCCAGGAACAAGGCCGUUUGUGCUGCACGUGUGUGUGUGUGUGCGUGUGUGUGUGCACCUGUGUGUCAGCAGGGUGUCAGCUCCACUCUCCAGAUAGCUCAGGUAUCAGACACGGUGUGGGACCUGUUGUGUUCCUCUCCCUUUGCCUUACUUUUUGAUGGAGGACUUCUUCCUCAGCCCUGAUUCAGUUCACAAAGCAGUCGUAUUUUGUUAGACUUUUCCUACAAGUGCACAAUGUAUAGUUCUAUAGAUAAUCAUUAUUAUUAUUAUUAUUGGUAUUAUUACUACUCAUCCCACCCGCUCAUCUCAUCCAUUACAGUAGAAACCUGGACUGUUGCUCUCAAAGUCUCUCCAUAACUGUGCUGUUUAUGACCUACUUGUGUGUAUUUUAGGGUUUGUCAUGUGUGUGUGUGAAUGUGUGUGCGCCUGGGCGUGUCUAGACCUCGCACCUAGGAGGACUUACUUGCCAGAACAGUGAGUUACUGUAUUGGAAGCAAAAAACAAGACAAACCGACAAGACAAAAAUCCCUCCGGCGUCGUCGGGUUUCUCUUUGAAGACGUCGUCGUUUGUGCGGACACGUUGAAAUGCGUCAGGAGUCGAAUACGAGUAUGAGGACCGCAUAGUUGUCCUAUAUUGCAUGGCGAGCCGCAGAUGGGCUACAGUAUUGUUUGAUGCCAAUUGGCUGCCAUCUGCGGAUGAGUCAGCGGAGUUCACACUAAUAUGUGCCAUCUUCAUGCCCACAUGCACCAGCCGGGAGAGUAGAGCGUGUUCCUGCGAGUUGUGAGGAAGAUGGUUGCGCUUUAGGUAGUUUCAUUUAGCGUCGGGGUGUGAAUUGAAGGGGGGAAAAAAAAACGAUACAAUUCCACAGUCAAGGUGUUGAGGCUGCAGCUCACUUAUCAGCAGCACCGGGAGCUCGAAUGUGUGCACUGCAGAAGGCGUUGGGGCUAGGGACUAAUUGCUUGUAUUUCUGUGUGUGUGAGUGUGUGUGUGUGUGUGUGUGUGUGUGCGUGCGGGCGUGCGUGCGUGUGUGUGUGUGUGUGGUUGUGCAGACCUGUUUUGGGACAGGAAAUUGGUGCUGCCAAAGUAAGGCGCAGUCUCACCUAAUGAUGCGUGAGAGAAGAGGACCGCCAUUCCCCAACAUGCACGCUGACGUGCACACACACACACACACACACACACACACACACACACACACACACACACACACACACACACACACACACACACACACACACACACACACACACACACACACACACACACACACACACAGACACACGCGCACACGCCCGGACACAUGACGACUGACAGGCUUAGGUUGACGUGCGGGUCAGACCGCCGCUCGGGGUUCGUAAGGCGGCCAUCAUCCAGCGUGGAUGUUAGCCGCCGAGACGCUGGAGUGUGGCUAACAACCUAAACAGCUGCUUUCUGUGCUCCUGUGUUUUAAGUCAGCACGCGUUCCUCCGCCAAACACAUCAAAUAUUUUGCCUGGGGAUCAGCGUGCCCUCGGCGUCAUGCAGCCGAGGGAGUCGUUUACCGCAUUACCACAAAACCAUUUCUCAUUUUUCCGCCAUUCUUCUCACCACUGUCAUGCUAUUCAGAUUUUGGGGGAGAAAGCAUGGAAGGGAGAUGUAAAUAUUAUGCAUAGAGCCCCGUUUAAGAUGUAAUUUCACCCCAGACACUGCUUAUAAGUACACAAAUACAAUUAGAGUUUUGUAAUGGAGGAUAUUUGUAAAUAGCAGUCUUUUUAAAGUGUGUUUUGUAUGAAUCCCUUCCCGUCUCGGUUUGCAAUACCUUUCUAUUUCCGUUUCUUUUCGAGGCAAACACAGCUGUCCAGUAUUGUCUUUCCUACCACAAGUGUUGCGGUUUGGACGCACUUGUAGUGGUCUUUGAGAAGGAGACUCCAUCCUCCGGUGUUGGGAACACAACUUAAUGAAGACUGUUUGAACACAACACUACUAUGAGCUACCUACACGUGCACCUCCACUAGCAAUCGUAACACACAAGUCCCUGAUCCAUGAGUUUCUUGUCGGUUUUAACAAGCGCGCACACACACACACACACACACACACACACACACACACACACACACACACACACACACACACACACACACACACACACACACACACACACACACAGGCGCAAAGAAACGGCAACAAGAAAAGGAGCCAUGUAUGACCCAAUAAAUCAUCCGCUUAAGUCUCCGUGGUCAGAGGUCGACAACCUUUACUGUUUUAUUUUUGGGGAUGUACUCAUGGUUAGCUUACUGCAGAUGUCUCAGUUACCAAACUCACACACACACACACACACACACACACACACACACACACACACACACACACACACACACACACACACACACACACACACACACACACACACACACACACACACACACACACACACACACACACACA